AAUAUUUAAAUUUUUCUUAUGAGUAAUCAUGAACUCUCAGAAGACAAUAGACCUCCUAGAUUACUUUUAGCUUGGAGUAAAUGUUCUGAGUUUAGCGAAAUAGAUUUGGAAAACAAAUAAUCCCCAAAAAUAGUUAAAUUAAGAAAAUUGUAAUUAUCUUAUUUAAAUUAUGAUAGGAAUUCAACAAUAGAGAAUAAUGAACUACUUCAACAAGUGAUUAAUAAAGAAAUAGAUUUAGAUGAAAAAAAAGAAGAGAGUCCAAAAUAAGGAAGCACGAAAUGGCAGCCUUGUAGUUGUACAAAAACAAAAUGUUUGAAGAUGUAUUGUUCAUGCUUUCAUAAUGGAUAAAAAUGUGGAGAAUUAUGUAAAUGUGAAGAAUGUUAAAAUACGGAUAAACACACAGAUAUAAGACAUGACGCAGUUGAAUAUAUUAGAAAAAAAGCACAUCGAAAUAAAAAAAUCACUUAAGAAAAGUUAUUCGAAACAAAAGAUGUUUGGGGAUGUAAUUGUAAAAAAACAAGAUGUUAAAAAAAAUAUUGUGAAUGUUAUAUUAGAAAAAAGUUUUGUACUGUCGAUUGUAAUUGUAAUCAUUGUGAAAAUGGGAAGGAUGAGGAUUUAUUUAAUGAAAUAAGAAGAUAAAAUGAGUAACCAAAAUAAUUCAAAAAAAAGAGAUCAGAAAGAUUGUUUAAUAAUUGA